CAAACAGAGUAAAGCUUUUUUCGAUUGGCUAACCCAGCCGGCGACAACCUCGCAGCGCUAUUACCGUAUUGCAAACGUCUAGAGAUCUGUUGCGACUCGAGAGAUCGAGAGAGAGAGAGAGACAGAAAUAGAGAGAAAGUGAGAGCGUGCGCAGCAGAGUUCACGGUUUACGAGUUUGAUUCCCAUUCCUCGGCCAAAUCAGAAAGUCACUUUUUUUUCCUUUUCUCGUCUCCUCUCUUUUAGUUCCUUUGUGUAAAUGGCUAUGUACAUCCGAGUUAAGCGUAACAAGACAACUUACUUUAUCCAAUGUGAUCCAACUGAGAAAAUUCUGGAGAUUAAGCAGAAAUUGCAAGUCCUUAUUGAUAAGCCAGUUAAUGAUCAGCGACUCAUCUCAUUGUCAAAUGGGGAAGUGUUGGAGGAUUCAAAGACAUUGGCAGAACAAAAGGUUGAAAAUGACGCAAAGUUGGCUUUAACUUUGAGAAAAGAUGACAAUGAAUUUGAGGAUAUCAAUAUUGUAAAGCCAGAUGAUUUCUACCAGAGUCGAGAUGGAAUGGGGGAGCCUUGACCUUGGGAAGGCAUAGCUGCAGGAUGUAGUUAAAGCCUAAUACACAUACUAUAGCUCUCAUGUGUUUAUUGUUGGAUUUUCUAGUAUCACAAUAAUAUGUAUUAAUAGUUUCAACUUUGAAAUGAGAGUUUCUUGUGCAAGCUUGAAACUUUCAUUCUAAUUAAACGGACAUUGUGAAAAAUGAGUUUCUUGAACAGUGCAAGCUUGAAACUUUCAUUCUAAUUAAACGGACAUUGUGAAAAAUGAGUUUCUUGAA